UUUCUCUUCGCCGUCCUCCUGAGACAUCACUCUCUUCAUUCACCCUUUUUCUCUGUGGGUUUAUUCAACUGAAAGCAGGACAACUGGCGGCUGAAAUGGGUGAAUGGGAUCUGCUGGGCCGUCUGCUGGAUAAAGUGCAGGGCCACUCCACAGUGAUCGGCAAAGUCUGGCUCACCGUGCUGUUUGUCUUCCGCAUCCUGAUCCUGCGCACCGGCGCCGAGAAGGUGUGGGGCGAUGAGCAGUCCGACUUUGUCUGCAACACUCAGCAGCCCGGCUGUGAGAACGUCUGCUACGACCAGGCCUUCCCCAUCUCUCAUGUUCGCUUUUGGAUCCUUCAGAUUAUUGCCGUGGCGACCCCGAAGCUGCUCUACCUCGGCCACGUCCUUCAUGUGAUCCACGCCGAGAAGAAGAUGAAGGAGAGGAUGAAGAAGCAGGCUGAGUUGGAUGACCAGGCCAAUCUCUUUCUGAGGAGGGCUUACAAAGUUCCCAAGUACACCAAGAGCACCGGCAAGAUCAGCAUCCGUGGCCGUCUCCUCCGCAGUUACGUCCUCCAUCUUUUGGCCAAGAUCGUCCUGGAAGUUGUGUUCAUCGUGGGUCAAUACUUUCUGUACGGCUUCACCCUCGAGGCUCGCUACGCCUGCAGACGCGACCCUUGCCCUCACAAGGUGGACUGCUUCCUGUCCAGGCCCACGGAGAAGUCGGUCAUCAUCUGGUUCAUGCUGGUGUCGGCGAUCGUGUCUCUCGUCCUCAGCGUGGUCGAGCUGUUCUACCUGAACGUGAAAGCGGUGAAGGAGUGCAUGGCGAGGAGGCAGGACUACACCGUCACCCCGGUGACGCCUCCGCUUUCAGAAAGGAAAGCUUUUAAAAGCCGCAACGAGACGAUCCAGAAUUGUGUCAACCUGGAGCUGGAGCUCCAAACACGGAAGUUAGGGGUGAACGGGGUCAACGAGGCCGCUAAGAGCGCAUCGCCUGAGAACAACAACAUGGGAGCGGAGGUCCGCAUCUGA